AUGCUUCCUGCUAGACUUGGUCGACGGUCAGUUCUGCGCAGCGCAGUGGCUGCUGCGCAGAGACUCCCUACGACUCAGCGACGAUCAUUCAUCCCACCGCAGUACUCGGAUCCAAAGGUUUUGGAAGAGAAGUUUCCGAGACCUCACGAAUUGAGCCCUGCUCAGGACCCGGACAUGAAUGGCGGUUACAUUAACCCUCCGGCAAUCAAACGCCAGCACCGCGACCCUCAUGCCGACUGGUGGGACCCUCAAGAGCGACGAAACUUUGGCGAGCCCAUUCACGAAGACAACGAUAUUCUGGGCAUGUUUUCACCCUACGACUACACAUGGACAACAACCGGACCUGGCCUGAUUAUGAUGGGCACCUUUGUCGCUACGUUUUUGGGUGUCUGUGGCGUUGUCUACAUGAAUUAUCCAGACAAGGUGGCUUACCCUCGAGAAUUUGAAGCAGGAUUGGAAAGGGAGUUGGGCGGCCCAGGUGCUGUCAGGGCGCGCAAAGCUGGUGAUGAGGAUCCUUGA